AUGGAAUUGGCCGGUCCAGAACCAGAACUUCAGUCAGGGGAAGAUCUCCCCGAUCUCCAUCUCGCCGAUUUCACCAGGCUCGGGACGCAAAUCUUCCUUUAUACGCCAACGGAAACGCAUGCGAAAGUGGGGCUGACGCCGGAAUCAACAGCCCAACCUGAUCUUAUUAUCAUUUGUUCAUGGAUGUAUGCAGCAUCACGGUAUAUCAAGAAAUACACCAAAGCUUAUCAGACCCGGUACCCGUCGAGCUCCAUUCUCCUUCUCCGUCAAGACGGUGGAGACCUGUUCUGGCGCACCGUAAGGCAGCAGGUCCAGAACAUGGAGCCGGCAGUUUCGGUAGUCCAGAGGCAUGUCAAAACCAAACAAUCAAGCCAAUCGAAAGUCCUCCUGCACAUCUUCUCAAACGGCGGAUCUUACACGGCGUGUCUGCUCGCCGACACAUACUUGUCUUCAUCCAACCAAUUACUCCCAAUCGCCGCCCUAGUGUUCGACAGCACACCAAGUUUGCCAUCUGCCGCUCGCAGUCACACGGCUAUCUGCGAAGCACUUCCCAAAUCCAUCCCAGCCCGAGCGAUUGGUAGUGCGGCAGUCUGGGCAUAUCUUGGGAUUGGAUAUGUGCUCGACAAAGUUGGUGGGAAAGAGAACAUCAUCAUGACGCUGCGACGGAAAUUGAAUCACCCCCAGGGCGCAUUCAUGCAGCGCUAUCUCAACCGGCUAUAUAUCUAUUCUCAGGCGGACCCACUCAUACCUGCAGAGGACGUGGAGCAGCACGCAAGAGAAGCUGCUGCGGUCAUCGGAAAUGGAAGAGUAGAGAUGGCGGAUUUCGUGUCCAGUCGACACGUGGGCCAUGUGAUGCUGGAUGAGAGGAGGUAUUGGAAUGUCAUCGAGACACUUUGGAACAAGAGCUUGGAAAAUUGA